UCAGGAGCGGCGGAAGUGGCGGCCACCGGAAGCAGAGAGUCGUUUCCUCCAUAACACCGCUGCUGCUCCAGGGUCCUGGCGGCCUGAGAAGAUGCCUAAGGUGGUCUCCAGGAGCGUGGUGUGCUCCGACACCCGGGACCGGGAGGAGUACGACGACGGCGAGAAGCCGCUCCACGUCUACUACUGCCUCUGCGGCCAGAUGGUUCUGGUUCUGGACUGCCAGCUGGAGAAGCUGCCCAUGCGGCCCCGGGACCGGGCCAGGGUCAUCGACGCCGCCAAACACGCACACAAGUUCUGCAACGUGGAGGAAGAGGAGCAGGCCUUCAUCAAGAGGGCGGAGGGCAUCGAGCGGCAGCACCGCAAGAAGUGCGGGAAGUGCGGGCUGCUGCUGUUCUACCAGCACCAGGACAAGAACAGCCCGGCCACCUUCAUCGUGGACGGAGCCGUGGUGAAGUUCGGCCAGGGCUUCGGCAACACCAGCGUGUACAGCCAGAAGCCGCCGGAGGCCCCCAAGAAGGUCCGGGUGAUGAUGACCAAGCGGACCAAAGACAUGGGCAAGUUCAGCUCCGUCACCGUGUCCACCAUCGACGAGGAGGAGGAGGAGAUCGAGGCCCGGGAGGUGGCCGACUCCUACGCCCAGAACGCCAAAGUGAUCGAGAAGCAGCUGGAGAGGAAGGGCAUGAGCAAGAGGAGGCUGCAGGAGCUGGCCGAGCUGGAGGCCAAGAAGGCCAAGAUGAAGGGCACACUCAUCGACAACCAGUUCAAGUAGGAUUGAGGGGGACAACUGGGAGGUUUCACUGUGGGUCUACUAAGCCUGGAUGUGGUGAUGAUGAUGGUGAUGAUGAUGGACUCUUGGAGCUGGCAGACCAGCCUCACACUGAAACCUGCUGCGAUGCGUUUGAUGAAAGGGGGGAAAUGGGAUUGUUUUAGAUUUCUGACUAACUGUUGCUUCACUAGUUUUUGUUUUCUACAAUAAAGUUAAUUUUAAAAACUUGCUGUUUUUCCUGAAGCAGAUAGCGGUUCUGGUCGGGGACCUGAGUCCAGCAGAACCUAACGAAGCUGUACCUAAUAAAGUGGUAGAAUCGAUUCUGUUGGGUUUCAGAACUGAUGCUGUUUAUUUAGCAUCACAGUUAUUUUAGGAAAUGUUUCACAAGAAGAAAAAUCUCAUCAAAAGUCAGACUGUAGAGAAACGAGAUGAGGCGAGGUCAAAGGUCGUUCCGCUCAACAGGAAGUUCUGCCUGCUUUCUUCAGGUUUGGACCAACUGGAGACCAUCAGGAGAAAAAUGUGAGUGAAAACUGGACCAGAGGAGAAUAAUGCAGCAAUAGCCAUCUGACCUUUGACCUUGGAAAUAAAGAAGAGAGCGCUGGACGGUCCGAUGAGCCUGAAGCCGUCACGGGACGCUAACCAGGUGGCGCUUCCUCAGGUGUUCAGUGUUCCAGAACCAGACCCGUUUUUAUGGGCCUGAAAGAUGAAGCAUCUGCUCUGCAGAGCCUCAUCGGGUCAGAACCUUCCAGAAACAGCUGCAGCUCAGGCGAACUGGAUGGAGAAUGUCAGUCUGUUAGAUUUAGGGCUGUACUUUGACUAGGCCGUUCCAACCCAUGCUGCGAUCAAGACCAUUCUAUUAUAUCUCUGGCUGUGUGUUCAGGCUGGUUCUCCUACUGGAAGCUGAACUUUGACCCCGGCCUCAGCUGCCUGCAGGUUUUCCUGAUUGGCUCCGACCGGCUUCUCGCCUCUGCUGGAGAAAAACAGAAGGACCAACAGAAAAAAUACAAAGUUGAUAAAAGUCUUGAAAAAAAAGUAGAAAAUGUUCAACUUUAUAUGUGACCUUUCUGUGCAGCACACAGUACAACACAUAAAACGCUCUUUAAUAAAGAAAUGGUUGGAGAAUGAA